AUGGAACAGCAGAACGCCUCAUCGUCCAAGGUGACUGUCGAGUACCAUGAUCCUCACGAUGUCUACAAGCUUCUCGCUCCCGGCCUGAUCCCGCGACUGCCCCUUCAUGACCUGCACUGGAAGUCGCAUUCAGGUCCCCUACGCUCGAUCGAAACCCUACACGUGGACCUGGUGCGCGGAGGGGCGGGAGACGAGCAGCAGCAGCAGCAGCCCACUUCCUCGUCGACGUUGACGCCCACGUCAUCCAUAACACGGCGUUCUAAUAGUACGGCGCGCGAUGAUGGGUUCCAGACGCAGAGCGUUGGUGGUAGGGCACCAUCGUCCGAGACUGCAGAGAGCUCGUCGCAGGCCGCGGGGCCGACGGCGUUUGGGGGUGCCAGCAGCGGCGGCAGGCGACGCCACCAGAUCCCCGGCCUGCGGCGCACGCCCUAUCUCAAGGCGCUUCUGGUGCGAUGCGACGACAACGACUCGUACAAGAACUCGGUCCGAUCCGAGGUGCGCGAGUGGAUCAAGAACAACACGCCGCCGUCGAGCGGCUCCAAGAGGGGGAGCAACCAGGAGAGGCAUGACGCCUACGAGUGGGUCAUUGUCCACGUCGUCAUCCCCAACACUGCCGCCGCCACGCAGCCCAGGAGCGCCAGCGCCAAGUUGGAGAGCGGUACGGCCGAGACCAAGACGACCUCGAGGUGGCGCACAGGGUCGACACCUCUCCUGGACAAGUUCCGCUCCGACUUCAACGGCUCCAGCAAGAGCGCCGUCGAUCGCAUCACCCAGAUCCGCAUCGGCAUCAACGACGUCCCCUACGACCAUCUGCCGCGUGUGGUCCCUGCCGUCCCAACGGGCUACUCGGAGACGGAGCAGGAUGCCGAGCAUGCCUGGGCUGAGCUGAUUGCCAAGUUCAAGAGCCUGAUUCUCACCUCCUUCGACAAGAGGGUUACACAGUACGAAGAGGACAUCAAGGAAAAGGACUCGCAGAGGACGCUCCCCGGCUGGAACUUUUGUACCUUUUUCAUCCUCAAGGAGGGGCUGGCACAGGGCUUCGAGAACGUCGGGCUCGUUGAGGAUGCCCUUGUUGGCUACGACGAGCUGAGCGUCGGCCUGGACUCGGUGGUGAAGGAGCAGGCAGAGGCCAGCUCGCCGGCUCACAACGGAGGCGUCCUUCUGGGAUACACAGAGGCUGUCAGGAAAAGCAUCGAGAACAUCAUCUCCGAAGCUCAGGAGGAUGAUGGUAAUGACGAGGAAGCCGUCGUUGAUCUGCAGCAGCCCAAGGAUACGGCAAAGGAGCAGUUCGACGAGAUACCCAUCAGCUCGACCAAGAAGCCGUACCGCGACUUGAUUCUCGCCAACAACGUGUCCGUCUUCGACUUCCGCUGCUACAUCUUUUCGCGGCAGAUUGCCCUGCUCCUGCGUCUGGGCAAUGCGCAGUCGACGAGGGAAGAGCUCCUCGCUAAGCUCAAGGAGCAGCAGGCCUCGAUACUGCACGGUGUGGCCCCGCAGGCACCUCCGCCACAGAAGAAGACGACCGAGUCGGAGAAUCUGUCCAGGCUGGCCGAGAUAUGCCGCAGGACGCUCGAGUUCAUCCCCGCGGUGUCGUCGCUCCUGCGGCAAGACAUCAUCACGGCCCUGGAAGCCACCGUUAGCGACGAAAGCAGCCUGGCAGAACGUCUGGGGGCGAGCAAAGCCGAAGUCAUCGACAACACGGUGGCGUCGUUUGCCUUCUCCGUAGCGCAACAGAUACUUGCGCAAACAUCGACCAAGGCCGUGCCCAUCCCGCCCUCAACCCUGCCGCCCGUGGGCGAGGAGGAGCCGAAGGCAUCCAUUCCCGAGCCCAAGACCAUGAUGCACCCCUCGCGCACCUCUUCGCUGAAUGUACGUCCCACGCAGAGGCCACCGCCGAGUCCAAAUGUAUUUGCUGGGCGCUCCGCCACUCUUUCUGACGCGGACGCCCACAACACCCACCACCUUAGAGCUGGACUGGAGGAACUGGCAGCCAAACGGGCUGACCUGUACCUUCUCUCACGGAGCAUUCUCAACGGCUUGGGAAAGAAGCGCGGCUGGAGCAAUGGAUGGGACCAUGCACCGCUUAUUGGCGAGGUGAAUGUGCCGAAGAUGCAGGAAGUCAGCCUCGACGACGACAACGACGAUGAGGAGAACGUUUCCACGACUGCUGAUGAUGAAGCAAAGAAGCCGUCGACGGUUGGAAUCAACAGUAAACUGCUGCGAACAGCAGUGGACAACCCAGAUGAUUUCUACCGACUAUAUGAGAUCCUGACUGACAAGUCUCUGCGGCACUUUAUCGUCUCAGGCCACGAUUACUCAGUCCAUGCCGACAUGUCGGACUUGGCAGUGCUGAAGUUCUAUCUAAAAGAGUACCGCGCCGCGACCUCCUUCUUCUGCCAGACGACGCCCUUCUUCGGUGACAGUGGCUGGAGCUGGCUGGAGCUGUCCAUGCUGGUCAUGUAUACGCGCUGCCUGCAGGAGAUCAAGUCAAAGGAGUACGUGCGCGUCGCGCUCAAGCUGCUCACCAAGGCAUGUGCGGCAGAGGAAGAACGGUGGCGUCGGGUGGCGUCAUCCACCAGCACCAGGGUCAAGGCAGCCAAUGUUGUUGACCUCAUAGACAUGUCGGCCAUAUCGGAGGUCGUGGGGAGCAUCACGGACCUCGCGGCGUCCACACCUGUAGAAGCUCAGAUGCCGCUACUCAACUUUGCUACCGAUGUCGAGCUGACCGGUCCGCCAGUCUAUCACGAUUCGCGGGAUAGCUGUGAGCUGGCUGUAUCACUGAGGUCGCUGCUUCCAGGGGAUCUGAAAAUAGACUCGGCAGCGCUGCGGGUGUCGUGUACCAACGCCAACGGGCCGUUUAAGGAACUGCUGUUCAAGGCCGGUGCUGGUGCGGUGCUGAGCAGAGGCCACAACACGAUCAAGUUGGAGUGCAAGUCCGUUAUUCCUGGAGAUUACAAGGUUGAUCACCUCAGCAUCGUGUCGGGCAACCUGGUACUGCACUACGACCGCAACAUCCUGCAGAAGGAGACGGCUCCCAACUACGUAUUCAGGAAGCCCUACGUCAGACUCUACCAACGCGCUGGUGCAUUCGACGUUGAACUGGUGGCAUCUAAGCACACAUCGCUCGACAAGAGCAACUGUCUCGACCUAAUUGUGCGUCCCGGGUGGAACUCGUUAUCCAAGUGCGAGAUUCGCGUGAAGCCUGCGACCGGUGGACUCCGACUCCUGAUGACAGAGGCCAAGCUGGUUGGCUCGGAGGGUGGCUUCGCUAAGCCGCCUGAGUCUGGCGUGUUCCACCUCAACCCCGUAGGUGCGGGCAAGACAGUGACUGUGCGUUUUCCAUUUACUGUCGAGAACGACGUGGGCGUGGUGGCGGCCAAGCUCGAGGCGACGUACAAGACAGACUCCGACCCUGACUCGGACUCGACAUUCCACUUUGCCAAGUCGCAGCCUGUGUCCGUGGCGCUGGCGCUCAACGUCAACGUGCAAGACGUGUUCAAACACGAGUCCCUCUUCUCGCGAUUCAGCGUGACCACGGCGACCAGAAGCCCACUACGACUAUUCGGAUCAGAGCUGCAGGGCACGAAGCUAUUCGAGUCGACGUCCGGACGGGCACCGUCGGGCACCGUGAUUGUGUUUGCCAAGCAGCCUGCGACAUUCUUAUACAAGAUCAAGCGGACAAAGACAGGUGAUCCGUCCAAGCCCGACGGGCCGGCCAAGAAGGCCGAAAAAACAAUGUACCUCAAACUGUACUAUUCGCAGGUAGACUCGGAGGUUGAAGAGGUGAUACGCCUGACGAUCUCCAAGGCGCUGGAGCAGACAUCCCUGGCACCGCUGCAGCGGGCUAUCGAGGCGGUCAUCAUCGGACACGUCAGGGCCGCCAUGGACGGGCCAUCUCUGGAAAGGGCGGCAUUACUGGGCGAGAUACCCAUGGGGUUCCUGUUGGGCAUCAAAUGGAGGGAGCACUUUGGGGGGCUAGGCAAGGUGCCGGGCACGAAGCAGGACAUUGGCGCGACGGUGUCGGCCUUCUUCGAGGAGUGGCUGUCGUCGCACCGACGCGUGUCCCUCCCGUCCGGGGGUGUCAUGGAGAAGGCGUCCAUCAUGAUCCCAGUGGAGGUGCAGUCCAUCUCGGUCGUGCACACGGCUGACAUGCGACUGAACCUGACCUCUGGCCAGGCUGCCAAGCAGGUGCCGCCGCCGCCCACGGCAAUCGUGACAAUCGGUCAGGUGGUCCCGGCGACGGUCCAUCUCCGCUGGACACGCCGGUGGGACACCAGCGCAACGGGGCCCUCCCAAGACAAGGAAUUCAGCUACGAAGUCGCGGCACCACCGGAGGCGUGGCUACUCGGCGGCCGACGAAAGGGGCACUUUGUCAUCCCAGGGACCGCCGCCAAUGACCCGUCGUCCUCUUCGUCGUCGACGGCAGAGACAGAGGCCGACAUUCCACUCACCCUCAUCGCCCAGCGGGAGGGCCAUCUCGCCUAUCCCGGCGUGGAGAUUCGCGAGAUCGGUCCAGACGGCGAGCCGCUCGACAGCCACGCUCAGUCCUUCGAACUGGACUUUAGAAACCUGGGGGAAACAAUCCACGUCGUCGGUGGACGUCAUCAUGUUACUGUUAGUCUUGAUGCUAGUGGACCAGGUGGUCAGCCUCUUGUUCUGUCGGGGGAAAGGAUGAACAAGGGGGAGAGGAUCGUAGCAUGA